CACCUAUAAAUUUAAUCUGACGGUAUAUGCAUACCCGAUGUUAUAUAUAUAUAUUUGCUGCCUGUACAAAGCUUAAUCUUGCCACACCUACUCUGUGCAUACCAUAAUUCAUUCAGUGUUAUCUUUUCUAUAGUUAGGAAAGUUAAUCAAACUAUGGAAGUCUUUCUGAUUACUUGUAUUUUAGCCUCUGUUUCUUUUCUUGUCUUUGUAUUCAGGUAUCUAUUCAGUAAUGACAGUUUCAAGAAACUGCCACCAGGAAGCAUGGGAUGGCCAAUCAUAGGAGAAACACUCGAGUUCUUGUUUGGCAAGCCAGAAAAUUUCGUGUUUAAGAGAAUGGAAAAGUACUCCCAUGAUAUUUUCAAAACCAAGAUCCUUGGGGAGAAAACUGCUGUCAUCUGUGGGCCUAAUGGACACAAAUUUCUCUUCUCCAAUGAACAGAAACUUUUCACUGUGUUCCGUCCUCAUUCCAUGCAGAAACUCUUUCGUUCUUCCUAUCAAAAUAAAGCUCCUCCGAAGGAAGCUGAGCUUAAGAACCUGAGAGCAUCGCCUGCGUUCUUGAAACCUGAGGCGUUAGUGAGGUACUUGGCGAAAAUGGAUUCCAUAACACAGCAGCAAAUGAGAAAUCAUUGGGAAGGAAAAGAUUCUGUCAAAGUCUUUCCUUUCUCCAAGACUUUAACAUUAACUCUCGCCUGUAGAUUUUUCUUAGGGACAGAAGAUCCUGAGCGAAUCGCCAGACUUGUUGGUCAUUUUGAUGAUAUUACUGUUGGGAUGCAUUCUAUCACAGUAAACUUUCCUGGAACUAUAUUCUACAGAGCCAAGAAAGCUGUUACUGCUAUCCGCAAGGAACUAAUAGCAGUUGUUAAGCAGAAGAAGGAAGCCAUAGCAGCAGGAGCACCCAUGCAAGACAUCCUUUCGCAUAUGAUUGUCGCCUCCGACCCUUCUGGUAAAUUCAUGCCUGAGGCUGAGAUUGCUGACAAGAUGAUGGGUUUAUUAACUGCAGGGUACAGUACUGUGGCUACCUCCAUAACUUUCUUUAUGAAAUAUGUUGGUGAGAGGCCUGAUAUCUACAAGAAGAUUCUUGAAGAGCAAAGGGAGGUAGCCUCAGCUAAGAAGGAAGGAGAGGUGCUGCAAUGGGAAGACGUACAGAAAAUGAAAUACACAUGGAAUGCAGUGAAUGAAGUGAUGAGACUUACACCUCCACUUCAAGGAACCUUUAGAGAGGCCAUAACUGACUUUACUUAUGCUGGUUAUACCAUUCCAAAGGGGUGGAAGAUAUAUUGGACUGUUACAACAACAAACAAGAACCCGGAAUACUUCCCAAAUCCUGAGGAAUUUGAUCCAUCAAGAUAUGAUGAUGAUAAAGCAAUUCCACCCUACGCAUUUGUACCCUUCGGAGGAGGACCCAGAACGUGUCCUGGAAAAGAGUAUGCUAGAUUAGCAAUUCUAACCUUUGUCCACCAUGUUAUCAAGAGGUUUAAGUGGGAGUUGGAAAUUCCUGGGGAAAAGAUUUUUGGUGACAUGAUGCCAACUCCUGAAAAGGGUCUUCCUGUUCGCCUUCGACCAGCAAACUUUUGACUGCCUUUACAUUAUAUAUGGGUUUGUUUGGAGAAAAUCUAUACUUGCAUGCAGAAUGAAUUGAGUUUUUUUUUAUUUUCAUCUAUCAAAUGGAUGUUUGGAAUUUUUCUUUUUUCACCCAGCUCAGCUCACAGUUAAACCAGUUAAGUUGAUUCAAUAUUGUUUUGGUGGAAUACCAUCAGUGGUCCUACACGAACUUUCAUUUCCUGUAAUUAAUAGUGCUCGUAAUAAUUAAAGUUUAGUCCACUUAUUUCUGUA